UGACAUACCUUGUGCACAUAUAACUUUUUUUGCAUUGUAUUUAAACAAAACUUUAAUUUAGUUCUCAGUGAUUUGAGUAAUUUUUUAAAUUAUCAAAAGUUAAAAAAUUUUAAAAAUAUGCCUUCAUUGGAAAUAGAAGAAGAAAUUUUAGAGGAUACAGAUGAUAGUACAAAAUCAAUGUCAGGUCCUGUGGUUGGGAUUAUAUAUCCACCACCGGAGGUUAGAAAUAUCGUUGACAAAACUGCAAGUUUUGUUGCUAGAAAUGGACCAGAAUUUGAAGCCCGUAUCCGUCAAAAUGAACUAGGGAAUCCAAAAUUUAAUUUCCUUAAUUCUGGUGAUCCUUAUCAUGCAUACUAUCGUCAUAAGGUUACUGAAUUCAGAGAAGGAAAAAUAGAGUCGCAAAGUUUAAUACCCGGUUUAAAGCAAUUGGCAGUAUCAUCUUCUGCACAGCAAAAACAACAAGAAUUUUUGAAGCAAGUGGCAGAACAACAAUUUGUACCAAGGGAACCUCCACCAGAAUUCGAAUUUGUUGCAGAUCCUCCCUCAAUUUCAGCUUUAGAUUUGGAUAUUGUAAAAUUAACAGCUCAAUUUGUUGCGAGAAAUGGUCGACAGUUUCUUACAAAUCUUAUGAAUAGAGAACAACGCAAUUAUCAAUUUGAUUUUUUGCGACCUCAACAUUCUCUUUUUCAAUACUUUACUAGACUCUUAGAACAAUAUACAAAAAUUUUGAUUCCACCAAAAGAUUUAAUGCAAAAAUUAAAGUCUGAAAGCCAAAAUAAUCGUGUAAGCAUAAAUUUAAUUCUUGAUCAAGUUAAAUAUCGCGCAAAUUGGCAGCGACACCAGGAAGCUCAGAAGCGUCGUGAAGAGGAAACAAUUGAAAAAGAAAGAGUAGCAUAUGCUCAGAUCGAUUGGCAUAAUUUUGUAGUUGUGGAGACAGUUGAUUAUCAGCCUUUUGAAACAGGUAAUUUCCCUCCGCCUACAACACCAGAAGAAGUUGGUGCUAGAGUGUUAAUGGAAGAACGAAUGAUGGAAGAGGACGGGGAUAUUGAAAUGCAAAUUGAAUCCGAUGAAGAAGAAGUUAGUUUGCCAAGUGGUAAUAUAAAACUUUCGCAAAUGGAAAAUAGACUCGGACAACCAAAUCAACCGAGUGUAAAUCAAAUGCAAGUUAAUGAUAAACGACCCAACAAAAUUGCUCCUUCUUCAGUUAUUCAUAACAAACGUGAUAAUAUUCAAGUUCAAGAUAUGGAUGAAGCAUCGAGUGACGAAGAAUCAGAAAAUUUGGCAGAAAAACAACCAUCCGUAACACCGGCACCUAUGCUUCCUCCAACACACGAUAAAGUAAUUGUCAAAAAAUACGAUCCAAAACAAACUCAAAAAACUGUUAAGCCGGUUUCUACAGAUGAAUAUUUAAUUUCACCAAUAACUGGUGAAAAAAUACCUGCAUCCAAAGUUGCUGAGCACAUGCGAAUUGGGCUUUUAGAUCCAAGAUGGGUUGAACAAAGAGAUAAACAUACCGUGGACAAAAUCAAUCAAGAUAACGUUUUUGCAGCUGGUACCGCCAUUGAAGCCAGUUUAAAACAAUUGGCAGAAAGACGUACAGAUAUUUUUGGUGUCGGUGAUGAAGAAACUGUAAUCGGUAAAAAAUUGGGCGAAGAGGAAACUAAAAAAGACGAUCGAGUAACUUGGGAUGGUCACACAUCGAGUGUUGAAGCAGCUACAAGAGCUGCACGAGCAAAUAUCACGCUUGAAGAUCAAAUUCACCAAAUACACAAAGUAAAAGGUUUGAUACCUGAUGAAGAAAAGGAAAAAAUUGGUCCUAAACCUGCAACUACAACGAGCAAGCCACAGCAAAAUAUUCCACAACCUGUUGUUACCCAGAGUAUGGCUCAACGACCAUCAAUUAACCAACAAAUGCCACAACCCCCUCAACAUCAAAAUCAACAACCAAACAUGUCUGGAGUUCGACCUCCUGUUCCAAUGAUGAUGAUGCCUAUGAGAACUCCUAUGAUUCCACCACCUUUUCCGGUUGGUUAUUUGCCACCAAUGCAACCCGGGGGACCCCCAAUGCAGCCAGCGCCACAAGUAAUUGACCAACAAAUGAUGAUGCAGCAGCAAAUGCCAAUGAUGGAGGAUGAACCACCAAAUAAAAAAAUGAGAUCGGAAGACAACUUAAUUCCUGAACAACAAUUUAUUUCAAUGCACAAAAGUCCAAUCACAAUUCAAGUUCAAGUUCCGCAUGCUGAUAAAUCUGAAUGGAAGCUUAAUGGACAAACUAUCGCCCUAAGUCUAAAUUUAACAGAUACAAUUUCAACAUUAAAAUCCCGAAUACAAGAUGAAACUGGAAUGCCACCAGCUAAGCAAAAAAUUUCAUAUGAGGGAAUGUUCUUCAAAGAUAACAAUACAACUGCAUUUUACAAUCUCUUAAACGGUGUCACUGUACAUUUGCAAGUGAAAGAAAGAGGUGGCAGAAAAAAAUAAAUUAAACAACAUAUUUUUACUGUGUUUAAAAAAACCGUAUUUUUAUUGUAUAAGAUAAUUUUUGAUUUAUAUUCAAGUCUUAAAUUACAUUCGAGAUAUUAAAAAAUGUGCAACUUCUUUUACUUA